CAUACAGAGCCAUGCGUACGGCGGUGAACUCUUGCAUACUUUCGUAAAUGGAGUAUACAUAUUAUCGGACUGUUGAUUGUAACAGCCGGUAGCACGCGCGAGAGAGAGCGAGAGCAACACAGCAUACAUUGAGCCCUAUCGUACAACAGAAGAAAUCAAUCUAAUGCGAAUAGACAGGAGACCUAAUGUUCACCGAAACUUCUGACAAAUGGCAACUUCAUGAUUUGACUGGAAAGUGUAUGCUAGUGAGAUUGAACUAUUAAGAGGGAGCAGCAUGUUGUGGUUGUAUGUGCCGGGGUGUUGGCUGUUGGCCUUCCUCAUGCCUACCUGGUGUAGUGACGAUGCCAAAAGACUGUAUCACGAUCUAUUGGUGGAGAGACACUAUAACAAACUCAUCCGACCGGUCAGUAAUAGUUCGGACAAACUUGUGGUGAAGAUGGGCAUACGAUUGUCCCAGCUGAUUGACGUGGACGAGAAAAACCAAAUAAUGACAACAAAUGUCUGGCUACGUCAGUGGUGGUAUGACGCCAGUCUGGUUUGGAACCCGACCGAGUACGCAAACAUAACAAAAUUGGAAGUGCCUUCUCCUAAAAUAUGGACGCCCGACAUUGUCCUCUUUAACAAUGCUGACGGCCACUAUGAAGUGACCCUGAUGACGAAGGCCACACUACACCCAAACGGUAAAGUGGUGUGGGAGCCCCCGGCCAUCUACAAGUCUUCCUGUCAGAUAGACGUGGAGUUCUUCCCCUUUGAUAUUCAGCAAUGUAGCAUGAAGUUUGGAUCCUGGACGUACGACGGCGACCAGGUCGACAUCAUCCACAUGUGCUCUGACGAGGCCAUGGAUCGAAAGUUGAUUACAGAGGGAAUAGACCUGAGAGAUUUUUAUCCAAGUGUAGAAUGGGACAUCCUAGAAGGGACUGCCCGGAAGAACGUCCGCCGAUAUCCCUGCUGUCCCGAGCCCUACCCGGACAUCACAUUUAACAUCACGAUGAGACGGAAGACACUUUUCCACACGGUCAACCUCAUCAUUCCCUGCGUCUCCAUCUCAUUCCUUACCGUUCUUGUAUUUUACUUGCCCUCAGACAGCGGAGAGAAAAUUACUUUGUGUAUAUCCAUUUUGCUCUCGCUCACUGUGUUUUUCCUACUACUGGCGGAAAUUAUCCCGCCUACCUCCAUAGUGGUGCCCUUGAUCGGCAAGUACCUCCUCUUCACCAUGAUACUGGUCACCUUAUCCAUCCUCGUUACCGUCAUAGUCCUCAAUGUACAUUUCCGGUCGCCCUCCACACACACGAUGUCGCCAUGGGUGCGGAGAGUAUUUCUCAACAUACUUCCACGUCUGCUGAUCAUGCGCAGACCAUCCACUGACCGAGAAGGAACACAGUCACGUGUUUCUGUAAGAACUUGGAACGGAGUGGAAGUGAGAAAUUCUUACCAGGAACAAAUACGUAACACUAUAGAUGGGGAGGACAUUCGGUUUAUCCGCCACGGUUUAGAAGAGCUAGUGGCUGCUUCGGAAACUGACUCCUGCCACAGAAGGAAGCCCGUCCCAAUGGAGAUACAAAACGCUGUGGACAGUGUUUUUUUCAUCGCAGAACAUUUAAAGUCUGAGGACCAGGAGAAUUCAAUAAAGGAGGACUGGAAAUAUGUUGCUAUGGUUUUGGACCGACUGUUCCUGUGGAUCUUCACCACGGCCUGUGUAGUAGGGACGUUCGGGAUCAUCCUUCAGGCGCCGACUAUUUAUGACGCCAGGAUGCCUCUGAAACCCCAAGACGCGUGCUUCCUGCCAUCUUAAUGAUGACGUCAUCGUCUGAAGGUCCAUGUCUGUGAUAGUGACGUGGAUGUGAAUUAUGUGUGCACGUGUGUGUGCAACUAUGGGGUUAUAUAGAGCCCUCUAGUGACUGCAAAUGAUCGUAGUGAAAUUGUGACAAAUGCAUGUGUAUGAUCUGACGAAAGUAGUGUAUAAAUAUUUGUUUUAUUUGUUGUAUAAACAUUUGUUUUAUUUAUUGUCUUUCAUAUUUGGUUUUGCGAUACUGUAGUUAGCUGACGGUGACCACGUUCCAAUAUAUUUCUGGUUUUGGGAACAAGUUUUCUUUCCAAGAUAAAGUUAUGUUUUAUAAAUUUGAAUACUAGGUGGCACAAUAGCGUCAACAUGGUACAUUGUUCCAUUUCAGCAAUCGAAGAAAUAUUUCUUAGUCUAUAUACAACAAAUACAUACGUCGGUAAUUGCGUCUUGAAUAAACAUAGCUCAUUUAUAGCUCUGGUUGUCCUGGCAUAAUAUAUAGAUAUAAUUCAGCGUACAGCCGGAAUUGCGAGUCCGGGACGUGUCACUUUUUAUAGUUUCCCUGAUUAGACAGCUGUCUUUGUAGCGGGAUUUGUUUUCUUCUCUAUUUUCUAAAAAGAAACUGAUAGACCUCAAGAAUUCGGUAUCUAAUAUCAUCUUUAUUGUUAGCGAUUUCCGCAAUGAAUAUUUCAUAUCACAAAAAAGUGCCUGAGUGCUUCUUCCUGUUUCUUGUUUUAGUGUACCAGACGGUAUGAACGUUGGUUGAGUCAGUCGAGGGAUGAUAACCUUAGAUGUAGAGGUGUCUAGUGAUUCCUAAAACCUGGUGAAAACAUGCCACGUUAGUUUAGUAUAUGACAAAGUGUUAACGUGUCAAAUCAAUUAAUGUUCAGAGUUUAAAGUUAUAAUUCUACUUUGAUUCUUGGGGUAUGACGUGUCGAGAAAAGGCGCGAAAUUCUGUAGUUUAUAAUGGCGACUAUUUUAACCACAGGAACAGUUGUUGUUUAAAACCCCUUAUAGGAACAGUGUAUGUCUGGUUUAACACCUCAUCUGAUGUUGUUUGUUGUUGUUUAAAUCUUGUUUACAUUGAAAAUCUAAAUAGUUUACAAAAUCACAAA